AUGGCAAGCCACCCAGUUCGAAUAGGAUACUAUGAUCCUUUUAAUACGUACCAAGCAGUCCAAAAUGAACUACAGCAUAAAUUCCCACUCACAAACUUGCACUGGAAGUACAAUUCGUUGAAACCAGUCAAAUCAAUUCCAGUUUUACCAGUUGAACUUGUUGAAGAAAUCCCUAAAUCGUCAGCGACAACCGAUUCUUCGGUGUAUCUUCGCCUCAUGUUUGUUACCUACGAUAGUCUUGAGCUUUAUCGACUGCAAGUAAGGCCAUUGAUCAAGGAAUGGCUCAAGAAAUUGGUGGUGACGUCGCUGGUGGAAUGGAUGAUAUUGUUCGUGAUGCCUUCAGGAUCGAAAGAUAAGCUGUCUACUAUUAUCAAAACUUCACUUUUUGACAAACUAAAAAUCGACUUCGAUACCAGUGGCAAAGAGCUCUCGGAAUUGUCAAUUGAACCAGGUACUGAACGAUGUAUAAAGCUUCGCCAAAAGUACGAAAGUGACUUUGCUAAAACCGAGUCUUAUACCGAACUUAUUAGCCAAAUCAAGUCGAUGCUCUUGAACACAUUCGAUUCCAAACACCAACAGUAUAACGACAUGUUGCUGACUUACAAUCAGAAUCACAUGAGCUCGCUCUUGGCUAAGGUUCAACUUGCAAGAUUAUUCUACCAUAUGAGAUUGCUUGAGGACUCCUUGGCAAUAUACGAUGAUCUUUACUCGGCGAUCAAUAUCUUGAUUCCCACAAACAAAUCUGCAUUUACCGAGUCGUUUGACAUAUCAGUGGAUCUGAACAACUUCAACAUAGAUACCCUAGGAGUGAAAGACGUCAGUUCCUUUGACCCUGACAAACUUCUUCAAUCUCCCCCCGUUAAUGUGUUCUGUCUCAAGAGCCUGGUCUUUAGUGCUCAAACACAAAUCUUGAGGGCUUUGGCAUCUUCUUCAUCUCCUUCACUGUCAAUAGCUCAUGUGGGUGUGAUGCUAAAACGUUUGUCUCGCUUCUUGAAUGAUGUCUCCCUGGACGCACUGUGUGAUGUCAACGAGUGGAUGUUUGCUGUUAUUGAUCUAUUCACUAACCUGGAUACAUAUGUUUCUGCAGACAAGUUCCUCACUGCUUCUACGGAUGAUGAGAUCAAGUUACUGAGUACUGAUUUCUACAACUCACGGGCAGAACUAGUACUACUUCAAAGAAGUGCUCUCAUUGCAAUUGCAUCAAAGAACGGCUUCUCCAUCAAGGGCCUUGAUGAUGUUUUACAUCAACACUUUCAAGACAUUUCUCUCGACGAUGAUACAAAGCCAAGAAACAACCCUCCAUUUUCUUACCCACGUCUCAAGGAAAUACUCAAGGAUACAGCCUCCUACUACAAUUAUUUUGAACAAGUAACGGAGUUUAUUAUUCAAGAUCUCGUGGUCUGUGGUAGAGAGAAAACCAUAGACAUGCUAAGUAUUGACUUGGCCUUUUUAAAUUAUCACAAAGGCAACUACGAAGCAGCCAUAGAUAUCAUUCACAACUCAUAUCAAUAUUUCAUCGAAAGCGGAUGGACUUUUUUGGGCGGGGUUCUCUUAGAAGUCUAUUUGCAUUGUAUACAAAAAGUGAAUCCUGAUAACCAUGUGAUGCUUCUUGAUAUAUGCCUCAAACUACUUGCCAGUAUCCCAUCCAGCUCCACCAGCGGCAAAGUAGUUGGGAUCAACUCAUAUCAGCUGAUCAAAAAAAAACCUCAGAUUGAAGGUCUCUUCGAGAAAAUGAUUGACUGUUCGCUACACUUGAGUGAAACUGUCGAGUACCCCUUACAAACUUUCUUCACAACAAAAAUAUCUUCAUACAUACUGGCAGACUUUGAAAGCUCGCUAGACAGAUAUUUUGUGGAGCUAAAAGUUACCAAUUUGUUAGGCAUACCGAUAACGUGGAGUUCGGUUGCAAUAGAGUUUCAAACCAGUGGAGAGAAUAUCACCUUUUUGAGAAAGAAUGUUACUCUCACCAAUGAAAGGGAACAGACAAUAAAAGUCUAUUCCAAUAACUUUAGAAGAGGGUAUUUGAGUCCCAAGCAAAUAAUCGUUAACUUGAGCGAAAAGUUGCAAUUUUGUGAAAAAUUAAGCAGAGAUGGUGAUGGUGAUGAUGAUUUCAACCAAACAGUUUUGAAAUUCACCAACGGAAGCUUUACUCAGGCUGCAACCCUUCUUCAAGCCCCCCAAGCUGAACCUAAUCUCUUGCUAAUGUACAGAAACUUGAACAAGUUUUGGUGCGAAUUCCGACAACCUUCGCUGUUGGUCCUUGGUUCCAAUGCAAUAGAGCUUGAGAUACACAACGGUGACAAUGAUUUGCUGAAGUUGGAUAUCACGGUCACCUUUGGCUCCGUUGAUGUUAAAUUCGACAAUCAUGGGCGUGCGUUUCGACAGCAAACCGAACUGCUUAAUAGGAAGGAAGUGAAAAGAAUUCCAGUCAAGUACUUCUACACUGGAGAUUCACUAAAGCUUAACGUAAGUGCACAAAUCUCGUACACUGUCAAUGGAGAAACUUUUCAAUAUUUCAUGGAUGAUGAUAUAGACAGAUCACUAGCUGUAUCUGUGACGGUUCUGGAUAUUUUUCGAGAAUCUUUCUUCUAUUCCAAGUUUCAGGUUGGCACAUCAAAUGCAAAGUUCCCAAUUAGAAUCAAAGAUGUCACUUUGACGUCUGAUAGUACAAACUUUGACAUUCAAGUGCCAAGUAAGAGUUAUGAUAGUGUCGUUGCGUUCGGAGAGCAGCCUGUAUCUUAUUUGUACAGAAUCUUACCCACUGCAACGUAUCGCAACUUUCAAGUUGAAAAGUUUGAUUUGAAGGUGACCUACUCUGAUAUACGAAGCGAAUGCCUUUUGAGCUUACAGAAGAGAUUAAUCGGAGAAUUCAAAAGUUUGAAGCUUGAUCAUUAUUGGUUUCUUAUUCAUUCAAUUUUGCAAGAUUCUCUUAGGUUUGACUUGAAUCAUUAUGCAAUUUAUCGUGAGGUGAAAGUACUCAAUCACAAUGAGACCUUGUUAUUUGCUGCAAAAAUGGCAAACAAGUAUGUUCCUUUUGAGCAUUUACAGCAACAGUUGGUAAAAGUAGUAGGUGAUGUUAUUAGCGACCAAUGGCUCGAGCCUGAGGAACCUGGUGAUGAAUUGAGGGAGCUUAGAAUUGCUGUUCCUGCUCCUAGUUUGGACGUCUUACAUUCAGCUACAUUCGAGUACGAAAGAAAAUCGCAGUACUUGGUUGGAGAACCAAUCGAGAUCAAGUUGACCAUCAAUACGAUCAGCCUGUGGGCGUUAGAGAAGUCCGGCUUGGAGAAUGAGGAAAUUUUGGCAUCAUCAUCGCCAAAGCGUGGAGAGCCUGUGAAGAAGAAACACAGCUUCCAAGCAUCCCUUUUAUACGACGAAAAUUGGUUGAUAUCAGGGUUCAAAAGAGAAAUUUUUGAGGUUGACUACUCCACGGGCUUUAGCGAAAACGACUUCAGUCUUGUGCUUAUACCGUUGAAUGUGGGGAAGCUUGAACUUCCAAAAAUCGGCAUUAAGUCUGCAUCGGCACAAGAACAAGAAAUCUCAAUGGAUACUAUUUUGAAGAAUGGGUCUGAGACCUUGUUGGUUGUGCCAGAAGUCAGUAGUAUUACGUUUACGUUUUAA